UCUUAAUAUUAGAAAUUAAACAUCGUUAAAUAAGUUAGCUAAUAUUUUAACAAAUAUUCAUGUGAAAUAAGUGUACCGAAACGAUUAGUUAACUUUUAAAAAUGAAUAUAGCCCGCACAAUUUGCACUAUACGGUAUCAAAGUAUUAACAAGAGGUUUUCGAGAAAAAUUACUAUUGGUAAUCGAUAUGAGUCUUCUUCCACUCAACCUCAAGUUAAAGACGAGAAGUACAAUUUUGAGGACUUGAAAGUAUUGGAACGCGUUGAACGUCGAAAAGCUAAAAUUCCACCCUUCAUGAAAAACGUAUUCGUUAGCAUUUUCGACAGGGAUUUGCUCGCUUUUCCUGAGAUUUUAAACAAGGAUGAAUCUGAGGCGUUAGACCAGAGGGUUGCGGCGCUCGAUCGUGUCUUUUCCGACCCGGAUAAAACUAUAGAAGACCGAAAAAAUGCGUUGAGAGGAACAAAAAUGUAUGCAGCCCCAGUUGCUUUAACUGAUAACGGUUUAGCAGUCAAUCAUACAGAGAGUCUUCGUUAUUUAGAGGCUAUAAGUACAGAUUUAAAGCUGAGUCAGCAAAUAAGUGAUCAUUGGGUUGGUUUGAAUGCUUUAAAGAUCGGUUUAGCGGAGGAUAUGUACCAGAAGGUUAUUAAUGACUUAACAUCUGGUGAAAAUACGAUCGCAUUGUGUAUCAGAGAGAGGGUGGCUGAGAGAAUAUCACAAGCUGACUUUAGGACUACUGCUGAAGUUGAUGAGAGAGGUGUAUGGCGUAUAUCCGGAGAGAAGAUAUGUCUUCAAUCAUCUGAAUACUAUUUAGUAUUAAGUAUAGUUGAUACAACCCGUCUUAAAAUGUUCCUGGUCCAUCCCGGAGCGUAUGGUGUCAGUCAUAACGGAACAUAUGUCACAUUUAUGAAGACACCAGCUUUACCCUUAGAUAUGGCUACAGAAGAGAACUUGGCAAAGACACUAGGUGUAUCUAGACUUUACACAGCUUCACUUUGUAGAUCUAGUCUAUUGCAAGCUAUGAAGAUUAUCACUGAAUAUAUAACGCCUAGGACAUUUUCAGGUAAGCCGAUGUCAGAAGUAUCAACAAUACGUUCAGUGAUAGGAGAAGCUUUACUAAACAUAUAUGCAUCAGAAAGUGCGGAGUAUUUCACAGCUGGUCUCCUCGAUGGUUACAUGGAACCUGAUGCUGAACUGGAAAUUGCUAUGUGCAGGAACUUUAUAGCGGAGCACGGUUUAAGCACUUUGUUAAAGUUAAUAGCGAUACCAAAUAUUGAAAUGAAAGAUGAAACUUUACAAUUAUUGGAGAAUAUGAGAUGUUUGACAUUGACAGGAGAAACUACGGACAGUGUUAACAUGUUUAUAGCACUAAAUGGUAUCCAUCAUGCGGGUAGGAUGAUGUCACAAGAAAUAAAACAGAUCAGAAAUCCAUUGUUCAAUCCAACAUUCAUCUUGAAGAAAAUCCUUGCUGAUCGUCAUCAGGAGAGAGAUGAUCCUAAAUUAAAUCUAUAUUUAGCGGAACAUCUUCAUCCAUCUCUACGAGUACCUUCAGAACAGCUGGAGUAUUGCGUUUUGAGGAUGAAGUUUUCCUGCGAAACACUAUUGAGUAGACACGGCAUGGAUGUAACCAAUGCUUUUACUGAAUUAAGCAGAAUGGCGGAAGCUGGCAGUGAAAUAUUAGCUAUGACAGCAGUACUGGCUAGAGCAUCCAGAUCAUACUGUAUAGGUUUAAGGAAUGCUGAAGUGGAAAUGAAAUUGGCCGCUUGUUUUGUGGAAAGUUCAAAGGAAAGGGUUAAGAAAUUGAUCCUUGAAGUAAAUGAUGGUGAAUACUUAAAUUUGGAUAAGUUUAAGACGACAUUCGGCAGAAAGGUGCUCGAGACAAAGUCGGUGUUGGUAGAAAAACCUACCGCCAGAGUGUUUUGGUAGAAAAUUCUACCAAAAAUUGUAAAGUUUU